AUGUCCGCAUCCGAACUCCUCCGCCAAUUCAUGCAAAAUCUGAGGGCUCAACCCGAAGUGAAGUCGAGCCUGCCGCCCCUCGUACCACUCAAACGCCCGUCUCGCCCCCAUCCGUCACAAUUUUCUUAUCCACCCAGACACCGUCACACACAAUUCUACGGAUUCUGGAUCGACGAACAGUGGCUCAUUGAGCUCGGAAAAAACAUUCAAGAUCCCGAAGAUCGUGUCCGGCCUCCUAAAGAACGUGAUUUGUGGUUCAGAGGAUUCUCCCACAUCUGCUGGGCUGUCAGAAUUGAUCCUCUGACUGUCGAGCUCUGCUUUCAGCCCAGUCAAGAUGGCGCGCCUCCAGAGUACGUGGAUGCCGAGGGAGAGGUAUUUGUCUUGUCGGUGUGUUCAGAUAACGAGGAGGACGAGCUGGUCAUUCCUUUCCAGGAGCAGGUUGACUAUCUUGCGACCAUUUUGGGUAGGGAGCCACGGUGGUGGGUCAGUGUCUGGCCAGAAUGUUAA